AUGAGUUGGAAGUCGAGGUGGGGCGUCGUAACGAAACUGUCACCGGCAGCAGACUGUCUCCACCUACAACUCUACCGGGAACCAAAGGACCGUUACAAAAAAGGACAGACAAAGGCUUCUCUCUCACUCCAACACUUCCUCGGCUUUGAAUCUGGCUUUACUUUAGACAAAGAAUCGAAUACUAUUGCCAUAAUAUGUCAAGACGUGACGGUGGUUUUGGCAUUUGAGACCAGGGAGAGGCUGAUUGCAUGGCAGGUGAAAGUUGGGGGGCAGUUGGGGUCCUCGAAGGAGUUCUUGGUGAUGAUCGGCAGUGGAGGAUCGAGGAAAUUGCCAGCUGGACCGGCCAGGCUACACCUUCAAGGGAGAAGAUUUGCAUUGACGAGUGGAGUUCCACCUCGCCUGCUGGGGCUGUGGGAACUGGCUCAUUUGAGACGCUAUGGUGUUGUGGAAGGAAGAUUUUGCUUCGAAGGUGGUUCUCAUUGCGGUAAAGGAGAAGGUCUCCAUAUGCUUAUUACGGAUCAAGCUCAAGACAUAACAGACUCAUUCGAUAUGGCUGCUCACGGCAAUUUUUCUUUACAACGCCCUGCUACUUCACGAAAAAGUACAGGUAUAUACAAGUUCAUAUUAUUCUUCAUGAAAUACUUAUGUAAUUGCCUAUUUACGAAACGUUAUUAAUUUUCAGGUACAGAAAAAAAUAAAUCACGUCCUAGUACUCGACUUUCCGAUUUGAACACUGCUGAUCAAUCAAUACCAGAUACGUCAAGUGGUUUGUAUGAAGAGAACUUCUUUGGAGAAGAUUGUGGCAGAGUAUCUCCAUACUGGCCCUCUGAUGAGAGGCGAGGUUACGAUGAGCCUGACAUAGAAACAAAUCCUAAACCAUUAUGGAGUGGAGCUGAUCAUGUCACUCUAGAACGUUGCACAAACUGCCUCACAAAGCUGGGCGCUAUAUCUCGUUCUUCUACAGUGGCUCUUACACCUGGAAACCAUUUCAAUCCAGCUUGGACUAUGGAAGCAGUUCCUGAAAGUAGUUCAGACAAUUCAUCAAAUAGCACAGAAUAUUUGACCCCAAAAGCAAUAAGAAAAACUUUAGAAGGAUAUCACUGUACAGAAAAAGCUCCGGAAAGACCUCCCAAACCAUCACGUUUGGACCAAAAGAAGCCUGUAAUGUCACCACUACCAUCAUCUCAGAAUUGUUCCUGUUCUAAAAAUGACAACGUAUAUAUAAAUAACCCAAAAGUUGGUCCUUAUGAAAAUUAUGAUGUUCCUAAAACUACGCACACUGAAAUCGACAACGCAGAAUAUUACGACACACCAAAAAGAAUACAACAAGCAUUGGCAGAUGAUCUUUUUCAAGUUACUAACAAUUCGAGUCCAGGUUCCUUAGUGCUGAAGAAAAAUUGUGGCUGUAUUUUAAAAUUUGGUUCAAGAAAAAAGCCAGUAGUAGUAGAAUGCGAUGAAAAUAUACAACCUGUAGAAUGUCCGUGUCAAAAAGUUACAAACUGGGCAAAUAAUUUAAUAAGUCUUCCUUAUUGUAAAAGAAAUACUAAUAGUGAAAUAAAUACAGAAAUAAUAAAUAGUCAGAAAACUGAUCAGACAGCUUUGUAUGCUACAGUUGAUGUUUCUAGAAAAACUAAUAGACAAAGUGGCUCAAUCGUAGAACAGGAUCAUAAAAAUUCUCAAGUUGAAGAAACCUUCACAAAUUACCAAAACAUAGAGCCUAAAGAAGAAAAGGAAUUUGAAGGUGCAUAUGCAAAUUAUGAAAAUCUUGAAUUUGCUUUAUCAUUAGAAUAUUAUGAAAAUGCAAAGGACUUAUUAAAGAAAGCUGGAGUAACACAAACUGAAUUAGAUGCACUGAGUGCAAAUAUAAAUGUUGCCACAAAUGUUUUGCCUAAAAAAUCACGGCAUUGUUCUAAGUGUGGUCAUUCACAAACAGGUUUACAUAAAUUACAAGAGGGUGUUAAAAUUAAAACUGAUGAAUAUUUACUCAUGGAACCGUCAUCGGAAAUGAAACGUGAUACUUGCAAUAAAGUUCUUAGUCUGAAUCCAGGUUAUACACCAAUGUUACCGAAUCCUAAUUGGUCCCAAAGUUUGAAACAUCCUUUAUAUAAAAUUAAUCACGUAGAAAAAGAAAAAUCACUGAGUAUACCUACAUUACAUGGCAGUUGUAGUAGAACAAAUAAUCAAAAUAUUGUAGCUAAUAAUAAUAGAGAAGCUAUGCAAAAACGAUCCAGCUCAGUAGAUUCCGCAAGGCUUCUAGAAGAUUUAAAAGAAAUGGAUAGUAGUAUUGGUAGCCACGCUACUUCUUCAUCACUAGAAACUUUGAGAAACUUAGCAUUAGAAAACAGAAGAUCUUCAUCUCCCUGCGAAAAUGACAGGGAAUGUUAUGAAUGUUGUAAGUCAUCGGGAUCAGAAAAUAAAACAUCGGAAGAAAAUAGUUCUAAAGAAGGACCUCAUUUGAGGAAUAAGCACAUGGAUAAUGCACAAAUUAAAAGAUCGUCUAGUGUUCCCUGCAAAUCAGGUGGAAAUAGAGACUCAUCGAGUUCCAAUGAUUCAGGAGUUUCUAGUUGUUCCUUAAAACAUGGCGGAGGUGAAUUUAAUGAAUUUGAAAUGCCUUUAACUUCAGGACAAUCUAGAUAUCAUUAUAUGAUACAUAAAAGAAUGAGAGGUAAUUUAUCUGGAUGUCUGCAUUCGUCAUUGCCCAGAAAGUCAAAGUCAUCAGAUCCUUUGAGGGACAUGUCCUUGCAAUUACAUAAAGCAAAUAUACCGGCUAAAUCGUCAUCUGCUGAGGCGGAAGUACCUGUGUUGCCACCAAAACAGUUGAAAGGCGUGGUGGAUACACAUAGUACAUCAAGUGGAACUUCCGAUAUGUCUGACUAUAUUGAAACAUUAUCAAUGACGUCAUCGCAUUCCUCAUCUGAUACUCCUACUGGCAUAAGACUGAAUCGUCAACCGACGAGCACGCUACGACCGCGAUCAGGUAAAGAGUACCACAACCUGGACCCGAUCCUGACAUCAAUGUACAAGAGCGGAAAAGAACUGGCUAAUUACACUAACUUACCUUAAUUGUAAUCUUAUCUUAGAUUUAUAUAAAUGAGAAUCUUAUAUCCUACGUACAGAUUAUUAAUACUGGGCACCUUAUUAUAAAUCUGUUCCUAAUUUUGAUCAAUGAAAGAAGACUAAUUACGUAAUUAAUAAUCAUGAAUGUAGUCCUGACUCUUAAACUAACACAAACUUUGUGUAAAAUGAAAUUUAUUUCAUACAAAGUUAAAUGUAGUAUAUAUAGGUUAGAACUAAGAAAUGAAAUAUAAACAAGAAACAGUGAAGAGGAAACAUCAGAAGAUAGAAAAAGAUGAAAUAAGAAGAGAAUAUUAAUCAGCAGUUGUUUUUAUAAAUACACUAAACAAAAUUAUGCUUUGUACGUUGAACUUAAUAUUAGUUUUUCUAAUAUUGAUAAAUAUCGACUGUAUAAAAUUAUUAUCACAAUAUUCAAUGGCGUUAAAAUAGUACGUGAUGAAAACAGAACUGAAAAUAAAGAUUUAAAAAAAAUAUUAUCGUGCUUAAUAUAGCAAUAAAGUAAAUAAAUGAAUUCAUGAAACAUUUUCAUUUGAACAAGAAAUUAUAGAAGUAAAAAUAUAAUUCAUUGCUAUUCUAAAUUGAGAAAUAGAAUUUUAUUUAUAACUUCAUCUUAGACUGUUAUUGGCAGAAAAUAAGAUCAAACAACUUCUAAAAUUAAUGCAAAGAUUGCAAAAGGACUUUCAAAUUUAGUUUUCUCGAUGAACUAAAAAGCUAGUGGAAAUUACGAAACUACGAGUAAAUAUACGGAUUUUAUAAUACUUUAUCCAUCUGCUAUACUCUAUCUUGAUAUUUUUAUCUAAUUCAUUAUAAAUAUUUUAUCGCAAAAUUUUUAAAUUUAUAUGUACUUUCAGCAUUUGAUAGGCUAUAUACCUAGUAUUAUAUACAUAUGUUAGUAUUUUUCGAACGCACAUAGCAUCUACAUAUCCUGCUGUUAAGUUUUGCUAUCGUUAAAUUUCAUACAUGCACCUAAUACUGGUAUUUUAAUUACAAACUAGCGGAUCCAAUAAUUUCAUUACAAUAAUGAAAAAACCCAGUUUUCAUUACUAUUUAUUACUUCUGUUUCGUAUUACAGAAAGACUGAAUUUGUAAUUUAAUUUAUUUAUUUAUUUAGUGGAUGUAUUCUAGUCAUUAUACUAGUGUUAUGCAUUUUGUACCAUAGUCGUAAUAAAUUUAAGUUAAAUAAUGAUUAGCGUAAAUAACGAUUAAGUUGGUUAACGAUGUAAAGUUGUACAAAUAAUUUAAUAAACAACGAUCACUAUUCAGUAAUCAAUAGGAAUGUAAAAACACAUUUUAUACGAAAUUUUACUAUUCAAUAUUUAUCACAGUCUGUUGUAUAAAUAAAUAUCUAGUCUAAUGCAGCAAUAAGCGAGUUCCCUGGGAAUGAGAA